UGAGGGGCUUUUCCAAAUACACCUUCUUGGUUCUCGUCCUUGCUUUUGUUUCAGAAUUGGGGAAGAUGAGUGUUAGGGGAAAACUCAUAAUCCCUUGUCCCGAUAAUCCGCCCCCACCAGCAAAACCUGUGGAGGAUUAUACGUCGAUACCCCGGUCGGAAAAUGCUGAUGCAGAUAUGCUUUCAAAAUUGACACAAGCCUGCCCGGAGCAUGUGUCGAAGUUGGCGAAAAUUGAAAUCAUGGACGUGCCGAGUACAGACCGGUUUGAAAUCGCGGCUAUCCAACCGGGCCAGAAUUUGGCUACCGGGACAAUCGGAGCAGAUGAUGACUGGAGGCACGAUCUCAUGCAAUAUUUGGAGACCGGUCAGAAACCGGAUGACGAGGAACGGGCCAGGAAGGUGGUCCUGCGGGCUCCCCGUUUUCAGGUAAUCGAUGGUCACUUGUACAAACGUGCCAUCGGUGGACCUCUCUUACGUUGCCUUACCAACCCAGAGGCUGAACGGGUAAUAGUUGAGGUGCAUGAGGGAGUUUGUGCGGCCCAUCAAAUGUCUCGCACCCUGGCUCAAAGGAUAAUAUUGCUUGGCUACUACUGGCCGACCAUUGUGGGGGAUUGUGAGCGUUUCGUAACCCCCGGUUCACUGAGUACUUGGCUAGUUUUGGAAUCAAGCACAGCAAGGCCUCAGUAGCUUAUCCACAGGGAAAUGGCCAAGUUGAAAAUGCUAACCGGACGAUAGUGGACGGCCUAAAGAAGAGGUUGGGAGAAGAAGGCCAUAAAUGGUUGGAAGCUUU